AUGGGGGAGGCUGUUCUUGGUGCAUUCCUCCCGGUGCUGCUUGAGAAGUUGGCGGAUCAAGAGAUCACUGAGUACUUCGGACGCCUUAAGGGGGUCGACAAAAAGGUGCUGGAGAAAUGGACUAGAACGUUGAGGGCCAUUGAAGCGGUGCUGAGUGAUGCUGAGGAGAAGCAACUAACACAAAGAGCAGUAAAAGACUGGCUGGAUGAUCUCAGAGAUUUGUCUUACGAUCUUCAAGAUGUAUUGGACAUAUUUGAUACUAAAAUGCUGAAGCGGAGGAUAGAAAGACAACAAGGAAACAAAAGCAAGUUAUGGAGCUCACUCUCUAAAGUUAAGUCCAAUUUUGGUCUGAACUCAGCAAUCAAGAAGAUAAGUGAUCGACUUGAGGAGAUAACCACUCGAGAGAAGCAGCUUGGUUUGAAGAAACUUGGAGUGUCUAAAAAGCCAUGGAAAAUGCCACCCACUACUUAUCAACUUGAUGGACCUGUGAUCGGAAGGGAUGAAGCAAAGGCUAAGAUUCUCUAUGAUUUGCUUUCAAAACAAGAGAAUUAUCAUGUGGUUGGUAUUGUCGGUACUGGAGGACUAGGAAAGACAACACUUGCUAAACAUGUAUUCAACGAUGCUGCAACUGGCCAGUUUUCCCCAAAAGGAUGGGUAUCUGUGUCAGACGACUUUGACAUUGUAAGGGUGGCAGCAGCCGUUUUGGAAUCAGUCACGUCCUCUCCAGUUCAGGAAUUCAAGGAGCUUAACUCAAUUCUGGAGAAGUUAAGUAAGGAAUUGGCUGGUAAGAAGUUUUUAAUUGUUCUUGAUGAUGUCUGGCACACUUGUAGCUAUAGUCAAUGGACUACACUGCAGGCCUCCUUUCGUGUUGGAGCAGCUGGAAGUAAGAUCAUCGUGACAACACGUGACGCCAAAGUCGCAAAUAUGAUGGGAGAUAGGAGCCCUUAUAACUUGAACCCGAUGUCAGAAGAUGAAUGUUGGAAACUCUUUCAGCACCAUGCACAGUUAAAAAACAGACCUGAAGAUGUUGAGUUCCUUAAAGAGAAAAUUGUAGAAAAAUGCAAUGGGUUACCGUUAGUUGCAAGGACUCUUGGUGGGCUUUUACGUUGUAAAGAAGUAGACGAAUGGGAAGACUUAUUAGACCACAAGAUGAGGACUCUAUCAGAUCAGAACAAGAAGGAAAUCCUUCCAGCAUUGAAACUGAGCUAUCAUUAUCUCCCUUCGACUUUGAAACGGUGUUUCUCCUACUGUGGAAUACUUCCAAAUGAUUAUGAAUUUGAGGAGAUGCAAUUGAUCCUUUGGUGGAUGGCAGAAGGUUUGAUUCCGCCCAAAGAACAUGAGCAAAUGGAAGAUUUGGGUCGUGACUAUUUUCAAGAGUUGGUGUCUAGAUCAUUGUUUCAAAAAUCAAGCAAAACAGAGUCGCGGUACAUAAUGCAUGACCUCGUUACUGAUUUGGCACGUUGGGCUGCAGGAAGUUCAUGUUGUAGAUUGGAGGACAUGCAGAAUUAUGACUCGCAGCAACAUACAUGUUUGCCCAAGGUUCGUCAUUCGUCUUACAUUCUUGGAAAGUAUGAUGGGGUUAAGAAGUUCGAGGUCUAUUCUGAAGCUACAUCUUUGCGAACGUUCUUACCACUUUCACCUUCAUAUUAUGUUCAUUAUCUGGCUCCGAAGGUUACUUCUGAUUUAUUUCCCAAACUCCAAUACUUACGACUCCUCUCUUUGAAAAGUUAUCGAAUAACCGAGUUGCCAGAUACAAUUGGUGAAUUGAAGCAUCUACGGUAUCUUGAUCUCUCCCACACUGGGAUAAGAAGUUUGCCAGACUCGACAACAACUCUGUACAACUUGCAGACAUUGUUAUUGAAACGUUGUCACGAGUUGAAGGCACUGCCCACAAGCAUGAGGAACCUAGUUAAUUUGCGUCAUCUCAACAAUUCAUUUACACGGUCAUUGGAAGAAAUGCCUCCUCAGCUUGGUCAAUUGACUAACCUCCAAACAUUGCCUGAGUUUGUUAUUGGCAAAGGUAGUGGAUCAGGAGUAAGAGAGAUCGAGUCAUUAUUGCAUCUGCAAGGGACAUUGCACAUCUCAAGACUAGAAAAUGUGAUUCGUGUCGAGGAUGCCAGGAGUGCCAACUUAAAGAGCAAGGAAAGGCUUGAAGCCCUAUUUCUUGAAUGGUCUUCUUCGAGUGUCUCAACAGAAGAUGCAGCAAUUGUGCUUGACAUGUUACAACCUCAUAGCAAGCUCAAAGAGCUCACCAUCAAAGGUUAUGGUGGAUUGAAAUUUUCAACAUGGAUUGGGAAUCCUUCAUUCACUAAAAUGGUGCGGGUAAAGUUAGAAGGUUGUAAUCAUUGUCAAUUGUUGCCACCAUUCGGACAGUUGCCUUGUCUCAAAGAACUUUGUAUACAAAAUAUGAAUGCAGUGGAGAGUGUUGGUGUUGAGUUUUAUGGAGAAGGUGACUUGCCGUUUCAAGCUUUAGAGACCCUGGAGUUACAUAAUCUGAAAAAUUGGAAGAAGUGGUAUCCUUGCCAACAAAGUGAGGGUGUUGAAGUUUUCUCUUGCCUGAAAAAGCUUUCCAUCAAGGACUGCUCCAAAUUGGAGGGUGAUUUACCGGAGAAUCUGGAUUCACUAGCACAGCUUGAGAUUUGCGGAUGUGAGGAAUUGGUGGUUUCAGUAGCCAAAUAUAAACAGCUUCACGGAUCAAACAUUGAAAAGUGCAAGAUGGUGGUGUACGACACAAGUACAGUUCAGUUUGAGUUACUAGAGAGUUUGACAUUUUCAAAUGUAUCAGAAUUGAGAUUCCAAACAGAGGCGUUCAUGAAAAGCUUGAAAAAUGUUAAAGAGUUGAAGAUCACUGGUUGUGAGGAGCUUACAUGUUGCUUUCAAAAUGACGAUAGAUUACUGCAACACUUGAUUUCUCUUGGUCGUCUGUGUAUCGAAGACAACUCGAUCCUUGUUGAAAAGCUAGGGAUUGAAGCAGAGCAGUUGGUGCAAUUGCAAAUCCUGGAUUGCAAUAUUGAACGUCUGGAAUUAAGCAAGUGUGGAAGCCUUGUGAAGCUUCGGAUAGAGUUUUGUGGACAGCUGGAGCUAAUAACUGACAGGUUCCUCGAUGAUAGCUGCCAACUCAAAGAAAUUUUCAUCGUAAACUGCCCAAACCUGAAAUCCUUACCCGAGGGACUGUGCCACCUCACCAAUCUUCAGUCAUUAAUUGUUCACGAUUGUCAAAGUCUUGUUUCGUUGCCGAGAAUGAAUGUGUGGCCAAGAAAUUUGAGCAUCGGAGAUUGCGAGAAAUUGGAGGUGGCACAGUUGGCGAGAGACAUGAUGCACACCGAGAAAUUGGAAAUUGAUUACUUUGAAGGUUUAACAACUACAACUUCCUUCCCCACCAACGUAACAUCACUGGAAAUUAACAAGAUCAAGAAUUGUAAGGCGCUGAUGGAAUCUCAAGGGUUGCAGAGACUCGCUUCUUUGAGAGAAUUGAGUCUGAGGGGUGAAGAUGAUGGAGGUCUGGUGUCAUUUCCACCUGCUGCUGAGAAUUCAAAGGAGACGGAGAUACUGCUCCCCAGAUCUCUUGUUAAUUUGAGAAUUUCAGGCUUCCCAAAUCUAAAGAAACUGAGCAAGGGCUUUCAAUUCCUCACCUCUCUUGAAAUUAUUGGGAUCUCCAACUGUCCGAAGCUUACAACCCUUCCAGUGGAGGAAGGCCUGCCUCUUUCACAACUUCGUAUUCACAACUGUCCUCUACUUGAACAGAGAUACAAAGGACGAUACCGGCACAAGAUAGCACACAUCCCUUGUGUACAAAUUAAUUACAAAGUCAUAUAA